CUUUUUCUUGCUUGAAGAACUUAGCAGACCCAUCAGCAUCUCAGAUGCACGUUCAGCUUCCAAUUUACCAGAUCCCCUUUUGCGCUUUCCUUUAGCCUCUUUCAAAGUUCUCGGUGGACUGCUCCACUUCAUUCGUCUUCUUUCUGUUCUCAUUCUUCAGUCCCUUUGAAGGUCUUUCUACCCCUAAACUAACUCCCUUCGGGUACCCGCCACCCAUAAGCCAUUCCUCCUGCAGUGCAAGCCUUCCUCUUUUACUGGCAUCAUCACCGUUAUUACGGGAAGGCCAGUUUUGCUGAGUAGAAAGACCUAACUAAAGAGGAGCCAGUUUUUGAUUCCGAUUUUACGCUGCCAAAGCCAAUCAAUGUCCGCCUUAGAUGUUUCAUUUAAACCAUUGAAAUAACUGAUCAUUUUCCCUUCCUCCAUCAUAGCGUGGAGAGUGCACUGAUCUAACACUUCCACCGGUACGAAUUCAGAGAACCAGUCUUCUAGGUUAAGCGAAAGGAAAGCAGAGAUGUCUACCCAGCUUCAUGGUGACCUAAAGUUGAGAAUCAUUGAAGCGAGAGCCUUAGGCAAGUUGUCUAAGGUGAAUCUUAAAAGCUGGAGGGUUACCGUUUCGGUAGCUGAAACUACCGUGGCUCGCACGGGUUUCAUUUAUGGCACAGAUGACCCCCAGUGGAACGAGCAGUUCAAUAUUCUUCUCGCACAUACCUUUGUCGACCUCCUAUUCAAAAUUAAAGUGGGUAAAAUUAAAGUGGGUAAAAGUGUCAAGGGUACCGUGAAGAUUCGGGCUGGGAAAAUCAACACCGGUGAGCUAAUCAGCGGAUGGUAUCUGUUGAAAGAUUGCAAUGCAGAUCCAAACAAGAAUCCGGCUCUUAAUAUUGAGAUGCAAUUCACGCCAUGCCAUCGAAAUCCACUUUAUAUUCAAGGCAUCGCCAGCGAUCCGGAACAGGCCGGAGUGAGGAACACGUAUUUCCCACUGAGGAAAGGGAAUGCGUUGAAGCUGUACCAAGACGCUCAUGUGCCUGAAGGAAUGUUGCCUGAAAUUGAACUGGAACACGGAAGAGUUUUAGAGCAUCACAAGUGUUGGGAGGAAAUUUACCAUGCCAUCUCAGAGGCUCAACAUAUGAUAUACAUAAUGGGUUGGUCAAUGUUUUGUGAUGUGAAGCUUGUCAGAGAGCCGAGCCGGCCAUUGCCUCCAGGUAGGGAUUUGAAGCUUGGUAAAUUGCUCAAGUCCAAAUCAGAAGAAGGGGUUCAAGUUGUGGUGUUGAUAUGGGAUGAUAAAACUUCAUUGAAGGGGAGAAAAAUGGAAGGAGUGAUGAAGACGCAUGAUGAAGAAACGAGAAAAUUUUUCAAGGGUUCAUCUGUUAUUUGUGACCUGGUUCAUCGUCAGGCAAGCGAGUCAAAUUGUUUUAAACGAGCUUUCAAUGAAGUCAUAUUCUCAAAUCAUCAAAAAUGUGUUCUGGUCGACACACCGGCAGCUGAUGGUGGUCGAAAGAUAACUGCAUUCAUAGGCGGUCUUGAUCUCUGUGAUGGUCGUUAUGAUACACCUGAGCAUCGGUUAUUUGAUGGCCUUGACACCAUUUUUAAGGAUGAUUUUCAUAAUCCUACAUUUCCUUAUCAGUCUAAAACCAAGGCUCCAAGAGAACCGUGGCAUGACUUGCACUGCAAGAUUGAUGGGCCAGCUGCACAUGAUGUUCUAAUGAACUUUAAGCAGUAUUGGUGGCAAUUAGCUGCAAAGAAAAAUCAUUCUAAACCUUUGAUACGGAUGGAAAAUAUCUCAAAUAAACUAAGUCCUUGCCCAUCUGUUUUGGCUGAUGGUACCAUAGAGGUUCCAGAAGAUUAUUCCACAUCAGGGGUUUUUGGUGAAGAUGAUUCUGAAAACUGGCAUGUUCAGAUUUUCCGGUCGACUGAUGCAGCAGCAGUUAAAGGAUUUCCAGUAGAUCCUGGUGACGCUUAUGCCAAGAAUCUUGUCUGUUCAAAAGGUUUGGUAAUGGAUGUAAGCAUUCAAACUGCUUACAUUCAGGCAAUCAGAUCUGCUCAACAUUUCAUAUAUAUUGAAAAUCAGUAUUUUAUUGGAUCCUCGUAUGCAUGGGCAUCAAAUAGAAAUGCAGGUGCUGACAAUCUAAUCCCAAUGGAGUUGGCGUUGAAGAUUACUAGUAAAAUUGAAGCAGAUGACAGGUUCGCAGUGUAUGUCGUCAUUCCAAUGUGGCCUGAGGGCAAUCCAGAGGAUAAAACGACGCAGAAAAUUCUCUUGUGGCAGUCUCAGACAAUGAGAAUGAUGUAUGAUAUUAUUGGAAGAAAGCUACAAGAGAUGGGGCGUCAGGAUGCACAUCCUCUGGAUUACCUCAAUUUCUAUUGUCUUGGUAAAAGGGAAUGCAUCUCCGGGAAAAAUCUGACCAGUAAUGUUGAAGAGGGAGGGAGGAGAGAGAGGAAAGGGAAUUGGCCGGAUUCAAACACUAGAGCUAGCCCUGGUGUUGCCACUAGUGGAGGUGGCCCUGCCACUUCAACCAGAGCAUGGAAAAAUGAGGUCUCGAAGUCACAAAAUUUUCAAAGAUUCAUGAUUUAUGUGCAUUCUAAGGGAAUGAUAGUAGAUGAUGAAUAUAUGAUGCUUGGAUCUGCUAAUAUUAACCAAAGGUCCAUGGAUGGUUCAAGAGACACAGAGAUAACAAUGGGUGCAUAUCAGCCCCAUUACACAUGGGACAAGAAGAGAGAGCAUCCACGUGGCGAGGUAUUUGGUUAUAGAAAAUCAUUGUGGAUAGAACAUCUUGGGAUAGUGGAUGGUCCCUUCGAUGCCCCAGAAAGUAGGGAAUGCGUAAAGGAAGUAAACAAGAUUGCUUAUGAAAAUUGGGAGAAAUAUACAGCUGAUGAAUUUACAUUGUUGCAAGGCCACCUUCUCAAGUAUCCAAUCAAAGUAGAUGAAUGUGGAGAAGUAAGUCCUCUGCCAGGUUAUGAGACAUUCCCAGAUGUUGGUGGUCUAGUACUCGGAGAAAAUUCAAUAUUGAUUCCUGAUUCUCUAUUAAGUUUUUGAUUAGAACCCCAAAAGGAGUAACUCAAUGGUUAAGAGUUUGGGGAGAGUUAUCUCCUCUUGUAUAAUCCAUUAAGAAGUACAAAAAAAAAAAAAAAAAGUCAUAAAAUUAAGUUACUAGAGUCAAAAUAAAGUUAGUGGGGGUAAAUUAGGAAAAGUUAUAAAUAAAUAUGUUAAUAUUUUUAUUUUGUAGCAAUAUAAUAUAAUAUUUGUAAUAACUAUAGUUACAAAACAGCACCAAACUGCGUUGUCAAACUUAGCAACUUUUAUUUCGUCCUUAUAUGCCCACCUUUGUUAAUCUGUUGCAAAGGGAACUAAACAAAUGGUACUGGC